AUGAAGCGGCAGAACGUGCGCACGCUGUCGCUCAUCGCCUGCACCUUCACCUACCUGCUGGUGGGCGCCGCCGUGUUCGACGCCCUCGAGUCCGACCACGAGAUGCGCGAGGAGGAGAAGCUGAAGGCGGAGGAGGUGCGCAUCCGCGGCAAGUACAACAUCAGCACGGACGACUACCGGCAGCUCGAGCUGGUCAUCCUGCAGUCCGAGCCGCACCGCGCCGGCGUCCAGUGGAAAUUCGCCGGCUCCUUCUACUUCGCCAUCACCGUCAUCACCACCAUCGGUUACGGGCACGCGGCCCCCGGCACGGACGCCGGCAAGGCCUUCUGCAUGUUCUACGCGGUGCUGGGCAUCCCGCUGACGCUGGUCAUGUUCCAGAGCCUGGGCGAGCGCAUGAACACGUUCGUGCGCUACCUGCUGAAGCGCAUCAAGAAGUGCUGCGGCAUGCGCAACACCGAGGUCUCCAUGGAGAACAUGGUGACGGUGGGCUUCUUCUCGUGCAUGGGCACGCUGUGCAUCGGCGCGGCCGCCUUCUCCCAGUGCGAGGACUGGAGCUUCUUCCACGCCUACUACUACUGCUUCAUCACGCUCACCACCAUCGGCUUCGGGGACUACGUGGCGCUGCAGAGCCAGGGCGCGCUGCAGCGCAAGCCCUUCUACGUGGCCUUCAGCUUCAUGUACAUCCUGGUGGGGCUCACCGUCAUCGGCGCCUUCCUCAACCUGGUGGUCCUGCGCUUCCUCACCAUGAACGGCGACGACGAGGACCCCGAGGGCGGCGACCCCGCGCUCCCGGGGAACCCCGGCAGCCUGGUGAUCCAGGUGUCCGAGGAGCCCAGCCGGCCCCUGCGGCGGCGCCGCGCCCUGGCCGCGGGGGGCGGGGACCCGCUCUCCGCCUGCGCCUGCUCCUGCUACCGCCCGGCCCUGCGCCUGGCCCGCGCCAAGCUGGCGCCCCAGGCGGUGCAGUCCGUCUCCUACCGCGUGGAAGAGCUGUCGCCCGGCACCCUGAGGAACAGCCUGCUGCCGUCGCCGCUCAGCUCCGCCUCGCCCGGCGGGGCCGCCUGCCACCCCGCCGCCGCCGCCGAGGGCGACGUCCUGCCGCUGGGCCGCCACCGCCACCGCCGCCAGUCCGUCUAG